AUGGAGAUGAUCUGCAAAGUUUGGGCUCUAGGGUUGGUGUCUUUGCUUGGGAUGGUUCUUCUCGUCCCAUCGGUCUCCCCCCAUCCCCUUGCUGGGUCUUACAGUUUGGACAACCUCGGAGAAGGAGAAAAUCAAACCAACUUUAAUAUAGUCUGUGGCCAAUCUCACAUCACUAACCGGGUGGUCGGGGGUGAGGAUGCCAAGGAUGGAGAAUGGCCCUGGCAGAUCAGCCUCUUUAAGGGCGAUGGUCACCAAUGUGGCGGCAGCCUGCUCACCAGCUCCUGGGUCCUCACUGCUGCCCACUGCGUAUUCCAAGAAGAGCCCUCCAGUUUUUCUGUGAUUUUGGGAGCAAACAACUUGGAUCCUAUCAGCACUGAUGGGGUCACCCACAAAGUGAAACAGAUCCUGGUGCACCCAAAGUACACGGGUAAUGUGGUAGAAAGCAGCGAUAUUGCCCUGUUGGAACUCUCGGAACCGGUGUCCUUCACGGAGAAGAUUCGGCCUAUCUGCAUCGCCGAUGCCUCCUCCCGGCCCGCCUCUGGCACUCCCUGCUGGGCAACUGGUUGGGGAAGUCCAGUGUUUGGAGGAACUCUGCCACCUCCUGUGGCCCUCCAGAAAGUCGAAGUUCCUCUCAUCUAUCGCGAGGCCUGUGAUGACCUCUACCAUCAGCCCUACCAGUCUUCUUCCACCAGCCUUUCUCCACGGGGCGGCAAUGAGGUUCCUGAAGAUCCCAUCGUCUUGGAGGGCAUGAUCUGUGCCGGUUACCCAGAGGGUCAGAGGGACGUCUGCCAUGGUGACUCUGGUGGCCCUCUUUCCUGCCCAGUGAAUGGCGUCUGGGUGCUGACUGGUGUGGUAAGCUUUGGGCUGGCCUGCGGCACCCCCAGCCACCCUGGAAUCUAUGCUGACGUAGCCACUUAUGCCUCCUGGAUCAUCGAGAAUGUUUCUCAAGGGAACGGAAACUAA